AUGUUGAAAAAUACAGUCGAACUUUCAAAAUGCAUACUCUUAUUUCUGUUCCUCUCUGCUCUUUUCAUAUCUACCAAUGCUCAAAAACACUUAUCAUGUGCGGGCAGCCUCCAAAUACGUAAACCCCACGACCUCGAGGCUCUGCAAUCCUGUACAACAUAUAGAGGUGUAAUUUCCAUUAGCUCAUUAGCCAUCACCAAUUUGGCCUUCCCCAAUCUUCGAAAUCUGGACGGAAUCAUCUCCAUAAACAACAAUGAGAAUCUCCGUUACCUCUCCUUUCCACGCCUCAAAUCUGCCAUUCGCAUCUAUGUAGUUAAUCAGACCCUUCUCAACACGGUAGAAUUUCCUUCAAUACAAAAGGUAGUUUCAUUGACGUUCAGAAAGUUACCCCUUUUGACGAGUUUAAAUUUCCCGGCGAGAUUGAGUGAAAUAGAAAGCUUUGAGGCAACAGAUACAGGAAUAACGAAUUUAAACGGACUCGAUGUGAGAAGCGCGAAGGACUUGAAAAUCGCGGAAAAUCGCAAUUUAUUAAAUUUGAGGUUGCAGAAUUUGAGAGAUGCCGGUGAAUUUUUCUUUUCUGGAAACGGAAACGGGAGGAUCGAGGUUCCAAAUUUGGUUUCUUUAAGAGACUUAACCAUCCGAAAUGUAGGUUUCGCAGACCUUCCCAAGCUCGAGACCGUUUCUAACGACGUGGUUAUUAACGAAAAUUCUUUCAGUUCAUUUACCAUUCCAAAACUUUGUUCCAUCUCCGGAACGUUGACCGUCCACUCUAACGCUCUCGAAUCCUUUUGCUUCCCGGAACUCCAAAAUGUCGGAGGUGCUAUCUUGGUCUCCAGUAAUCUUAAUCUAAAUGUUAUUUCGGGGUUUCCUAAGCUCCGACAAGUCAACGAAGCUAUAGAUAUAACGGGAAGCUUCAGUGAAUUGAAGUUACCAGGGUUGCAAGAAGUACGCGGAGGACUGAAUGUUAUAUCAAGUUCCAAGAAGUUUUGGUGCAAAAAGCUAGAUCCGUUGAAAGACGUGGUCAAAGGGGAAAUUUUUGUGUGUAAAUCAGGAGUCAAAGAUCCAAAGGCAUUAUUUGCUGAAAAGAAAAAGACGGAGAUCAUGACGAGUAAUAAUGGCACAGUGAAUGGUAAUAAUAAUAUCAGUGCCACGAAUGCAGAAAAGACGAGUAAUGCAGAUGGAGUCAGCGUUAGAUUCGAAAGUUUGAUAUUGGGAUUUGUGGCAGUAUCUAUGAUGUUUUUGUCGUAG